AUGGUUGACCGAAGAAGAUCACCUCUCACACUCACACUCGCCGCCAUAGCUGUAUUCAUCGCCACGCUCUUCUUUUGGCUUUCAGCAUUUUCAGUACCAUUUAUCAAAUCUAUUCAUUACAUCCACACAAGAGAGAAUGAUGUCAAAUUUGGUAAUUUCGGCUGGUGUGCUGGACCUUUAUUCUCUGGUAUAGGCGGUGUUGCAUGUCAUCAACAUGUCGGAUACAAUUUCGGAUCUUGGAUUCCAGGUGGUAAAUCAGCUACCGGAGCUUUGAUCUUAGUUGCUCUUACAGCUGCAUUCGGAACUUUUGCUUUCUUUUCCUUACUCCACUCGAUCACAAACCUCGCUUCUGGAGCUGCUUCUUUUGGCUUAACAAUCUUUACAAACCUCCUCGCAUUCAUCUCCUUCCUCUUGGUAGUGAUCAUUUUCGGAACAGCCCAUCACCGAUUUAACGACGAUACCCUUGAUGCGCACUAUGGUGCAGCUUUCGUCCUUGUCAUACUUGGCUGGUUACUUUAUCUGGUAGCUAUUCCACUGGUUUUCCUCGGUUGGUUCAGAGAAAGACAUUACAGAAACCAAACUACCAAUGUCAGAUAUCAAGAUACCAAUGUUACCGUUCGAGCGUAA